AUUAAUCUUUGUGAACGAUGUUUUCAUGAGACUUUUUGACAUAUUUUAGCUGUGUAUGUUGACCUCCCCAGUGCAAUACGCCAACCUACCACAGACUAUCUACAAAAGUCAAUGCGGGUCAAAACAAAUGUGUGACGUAUUAACACAUUUGCCAAGUGACCCAAGAUGUACAUCGUUGUGUUGUGGCACGGAUUAUUGUAAUGAUCAUUGUGAAGUUCCAACACAUGUUACAACUGUUAACCAGCAUACAAUACAAGGGCACAUAACUCAUACGUCAGAUCUAACAACUAAAGGUUAUACUGUGCAAACAACAAAGGCACAACAGUUUCAUUGCAACAUAUCCAACAAUUACGUACAUUUGUACACAAGCACUGUUCACCUGUGUGUUCACUUUGUAAGGCACCAGCUGAAUUUCACCGACGCUCGCAUGGCGUGUCAACACGAGGGAGCAGACCUCGUUGUCUUAGAUACAUACGAAAAGUCUUUAAUACUGAGGGGCGAACUAGCUCGUCGGAAUAUACAUAGAUCAUUCUGGAUAGGUGCUAGCGGUUCCAAAGCUUCCAAUUUAUUCUCUUGGGUUAAUCGUUCCCACGUGGACAGGUCUGAGGCCGACUGGGGUGAAGAUUUGGAAAAUGUUUGCGGGCAUGUGGUACAGGACUGCGUAGCUAUGGUGAAAUAUGGCCACAAGUGGACAACAUGCAAUUGUGGUAGACAUUUCUAUUACGUUUGUCAACGAUAAUGAAUAAUGAAUAAAACAAUAAUAAGAA